UAGAAUAUAAAUAAGCAAGUAUUGAAAAAUCAUAUCGGAGGUUUUACCGGAAAAGUCAGUUGCGGGGUAUUUUAUGCAGAAAUCGUGGUUCAACUGUUUCAUACCGCCAAACAUCGCCUACCAAUUUUGCUUCCGCCAAUAAAUUUUUUUUGGUGAAACCGCCGAUACGGUACGUUUUUAAUCCUUAAAAAUAAGUACUCAAUUGCACCCUCGAGUUAGUUGUUUGGGAGAGAAAAAAAAUUAAUACUUUUUAUCAACUUGCAAUAAAAACUACAGUUUUUAUUAAAAAUUUACCAAAGACUAAUUAGACUUAAAUUAACACCCACACAAAUAAAUUCUAAUAUUCUCAUUCCCUACCUUUCAUAAAAAAGAAUUCUCAAUAUUUUAAGUCUAAUAAUAAAUAACAUAAUAAAUUUUCUUUCAUAUGAAGCAUUACAAAUAAAAAUUUUGAUAGUUAACAUUUUCAAACUAUGAAAAGGCCAUGAUAUAUUUUUAAAUUGGAACCCCCUUUAUCAAAUCGUGGCUAUGCCACUGAUUUUAGGGGUCGUUUGGAAGUUGAGAUUCUUCAAAUAUGUGUAUUUGAUGAAUACAUCUAUUGUCAAUACAAAGAUUGUAAAAAUUAGAUGAUUGUAAGAAUGUUUUGUUUGGUUGUAGCCAUUCAAAAAUUUUAAAGAAAAGAAAAAUCACUAUAUGCGCUAAAAGUGAAACAAAUUAAAGUCAACAAUCUCAAAGGAAGAAUCUCACCUUUUUGUUGAGAUUUAAAAUGAGUGAUUGUGGGUGAUAUGAGAUUUGAGGGCACACCUCAAAUGCAUGUAUUGAAUAAAGUUUUGGAACAAAACACGAUGGAUUCUCCAGAAUACAUGAAUUCAGAGAAUCAUUCAUUUAGAAUCAUAACUUUCAAACGAUCCCUUAGUGUCCCAUUUCCAAAAAAAAAAGUUAGCACGAUAAAUACAACUUUUAAAGCGACGAAUAUCAAAAUUGAGAAAUUAAAGCAACUAGCGGGAAUUUACCGUUUUCGUUUUCCAUUCCACCCCAUCUCCAAUAAAUAAUUAUAUAUAUAUAUAUAUAUAUUUUUAUCUCCAAUAAAUUAUUAUCUUACAUACUUAUCAACAAUUAUCUUCCACUCUGAAUAAGUCGCCAAAUUUUUUUUUUUUAAAUAACACGUUAACAAAACACUAAUAAAUUAUUUUUCUUAACUUUCCACCAAAGCAUCGCCGAAAAAAACACUUUCCAGCAAAGCUCCUCCUCCUCCUUCCGCCCUAUUUUCCUCGGCCGCCGCCGCCACCACCACUUUCGUUCUGAUUCUUCUUCGCAAUCGCAACCAAGUCUCUCACCCGCGCCCUGCGCGUACGGCCCCCAUUUCUUGCUUCAGCUCUUGUAUUUCUUCCAGCUAUAUACCAGAAGCUUGCUUCCCAGUUCCCGCACCACUUCAAUUCAUUGAUUUCUUCAGCUAGCUCCUCCCUUAAAUUUCCAGCUCCGGUAGUUCGAUGAGAUGAGAAGAGUCGCAAGCGAGUUGCGCUCUGAAUUUAGAGGAAAUGGGCUCAAGAAGAGCUGCCGGGUGCAUAACGCUCUAUGUGAUUCUGCUUUUCUGUGUGACCACGGCCAAUCAACUAAGCCCUCAGAUGAAUGAAGAAGAAACGGCAGAAGACGCAUGGAUCCGCUGCUGCAGGGAACAGUCAGGAGACAACGAGGAUUUAUUGAAAGAUUGUGACUUUUACAGUCUUCUUGAAUCACCCAGCGAAAUGGAAUCAUAUUUGUCAGCAAGAAGAAACGUGCAGGUUAAUCCAGUGAGAGUUGUGCCACUAGAAUUGAAGAAGGAACUUCUACAUUGCCUGAGAAAGAUAAAUCUUCUCUCUGAUGAUGGAAGCAACAGCUUUACCCAUUGGCUUGCCAAGUGGCUUCAGCUAGUUUUGGAAUGGUCUCCUACUCCUACUACAACUCGAAGAAGGUAUCUGGCUAGUAAGCUUGAUGUCCAAAGUGCGCCGAAUGCUUCACCACCUGCAUUAUCUCAGUCUUAUAGCCCUGCUGCAAGUACUACUGAAACUCGAGAUAAUGGCUCAGGACCACCUUCUGCACAGGACUCUAAACUUAUUCCUAUUGUGGCAACUGCAGUAGCAACCUUCUCGCUUGUUGCAUUGUUAUUCUGUUGUUGGCUUCUUUGCUUGAGGAAAAGACGGCCUGAAAUUAUUAAUGAUAUUGAAGAGGAAAGAGAUGAGAGGCCUCUGCUCCACUUGCGUGGUUCGUCUGUCAGUUCAUCUCUGGCUUCUGCAAGUAUGGCUAGCUCGACUGCUAAGAAUCCGAAGUCUAAUGGUGCAGUGAAUGAAACACUUGCAACCAACCUAUAUCUGCAGCAGGGGAAACAAGAGGGUGUAACAAUGGAGGGGAAAUCAACCGAAACAAAAGUAAAUGCAGUAAAUGAACUUCUUCCGCCUCUAAAACCUCCACCUGGAAGACCUGUGACACCUCCACCUCCGUCGCCACCUCCACCUCCUACGGCGCCUCCACCUCCUCCUAUGGCACGUGCACCGCUGCCACCUCGGCCGCCUCCUCCAGGACCUCCACCACUGCCAAAACCCCGCCCUCCACCUGCUCCGCCCAAGUCUAAGUUGAAUCCUUCGCCGCUUGGACCAAAGCAGCCCAAUAUCAGUCCUUCCAGUGAUGCAGAUAGUACUGAUGAUGGAGCUCAAAAGGCUAAGCUGAAACCUUUCUUUUGGGAUAAGGUUAUGGCCAGUCCUUCUCGCUCAAUGGUCUGGCAUGAGAUUAGUGGUGGAUCUUUCCAGUUCGACGAGGAGAUGAUAGAGUCGCUUUUUGGCUUUAAUGCUAAUAAGAAUAACAAUGAGCGUAAGAUAGAGUUGGUUGACAAUUCAGUUAAGUACAUUCAGAUUAUUGAUCCUAGGAAGGCUCAGAAUCUGUCUAUACUUUUGAAAGCACUAAAUGUUACUACGGAAGAAGUUCUUGAUGCUCUUCGUGAAGCUAACGAGCUUCCAGUGGAGGUUCUCCAAACUUUACUGAAGAUGGCGCCAACACAAGACGAGGAAUUGAAGCUGAGGUUGUAUGAAGGUGAGAUUUCUCGUCUGGGCCCUGCAGAACGGUUCCUCAAAGCAUUGGUGGAAGUCCCAUUUGCUUUCAAGAGAAUCGAAUCAUUGCUAUUUAUGAGUUCCCUUCAAGAAGAAGUUACGUCUCUCAAAGAAUCCUUUGCAACUCUGGAGGUAGCUAGCAACAAGCUCAGAAACAGCAGGCUCUUCCUGAAACUACUGGAAGCAGUUCUCAAAACUGGUAACCGAAUGAACGACGGCACUUACCGAGGUGGUGCACUAGCAUUCAAGCUUGACACUCUCCUAAAGCUCUCCGAUGUCAAAGGAACAGAUGGCAAGACGACCCUUUUACACUUCGUCGUUCAAGAAAUCAUCCGUUCUGAAGGCGUGCGUGCGUUCCGAGCAGCACAGGCAAACAACGCAAGCUCCCCAAGCAUGGCAUCAGAAGACCUCAGCAAGAACCCCAACAAUCAGGCAGCAGAGGAACACUACUGCAACAUUGGGCUCCAGGUGGUUUCAAGCUUAAGCAGCGACUUCGAAGAGGUGAAAAGGGCAGCGGUUUUGGAUGCUGACAUGCUGUCGUCUACACUGUCAAAGCUCAGGCAGUCAUUGACGAGGGCCAAAGCAUUUGUAGAGUCUGAUAUGAAGAGCGAUGAAGAGAGCGAGUUUUAUGCCUCACUUGUGGCCUUCAUGGAUCGAGCUGACUCGGACAUCACAUGGCUUUCAGAGGAAGAGCAGAGGAUAUCAGCUCUGGUGCAGAGCACAGCAGAUUACUUCCACGGCAAGUCAGGGAAGGAAGAAGGGUUGAGGCUUUUCAGCAUUGUGGCGAGUUUCUUGACGAUGCUUGACAAGGCAUGCAGAGAAGUGAAGGAAGCGAGAGCCAAGGAACUAGCUGCAACGAGAGUGCCAUUGAAGAAAGAAAACACACGGGAAGCAUCGAGUUCAGGAAUUCAGCAACAGCAGCAGGCUCAGAAUCAACAUCAUCUCAAGCCGCUGUUUCCAGCCAUUGCUGAAAGGCGGAACAAUGAAUCCUCUAGUUCAGAUGAUGAAUGAAGAUUAGUCCCAAGCUUGUACAUGUAUACACUCGAUUGUUUGUUUAUUCACCCAAAAGGAAAGAUGCCAUCUUUUUUAUUUUAUCUAUUAGGAACCAACAUAUCAGAAUUUUGGACACAAGGUUAGUGUUAGAAAUGUGAAUUUUUUGAGCCUUGCUGACUGAUAUAUGGAUGAUUGCCGUUUACCCUAACACCAUGUCAUUUUACACUAGCGGAGUCUGUUAAUUUCAUUCAAAAAAAAAAAAAAAAAACAGAGUCUGUUAAUUGUUUGCAGCUGUUCCACUUCUUGUAUCAUGUCUAUUUUCCUAGUUUGUUUGAAGCUUUCAGUUUCUUCUGCUUCUUUUGAUCAUCAGUGAACUUGUCUAUUGUGGAACUAGCAUUAUUCCCGGCCCGUUGGCCGGGUGAGUUUUUCAUUUUAUAUUAUCGAUUCAGUAAUUUAAAGCUAUACUUUAACAGUUUUAAAUUUUUUAAGUCAUUUCUAUUUUUUAAACUCAUUUUCAAGAACAUUAAUGAGGUCUCUCAAUACAAUAUACGUUAAUGAGAUUGUAAUGAACGAACUGUUUUUCG